ACGGUUGCGAGGCGGUCGGUUCCAAGUGGGCCAGGGCGCCGGGGGGAAGCGGGCCUGUACGCGAGGAGUGCAACGCACUCUGCGCGCGAGGACUGGAAUUCCGGCCGCAGCUGCUGGGAACGACCCCGCCCAACGGGACGGCGGGAACUCACCUGUGCCUAGAGCCCAUCCUAGCACGCGGGGUCUGCCGCGAAUCCCUGGCGUCCCCUCCGGCGCACUCUUGGAGCCACUUUCCCGAGCGGAAGUCCGCCUGUGUCUCGGGCCCUGGUGGGACCUGCUAGGAGGAAUGGCGCCGCCGGGUUCAAGCACUGUCUUGCUGUUGGCCCUGACAAUCAUAGCCAGCGCCCAUGCUCUGACGCCCACUCACUACCUCACUAGGCAUGACGUGGAGAGACUGAAAGCCUCGCUGGAUCGCCCUUUCACAAGUUUGGAAUCUGCUUUCUACUCCAUCGUGGGACUCAGCAGCCUUGGUGCCCAGGUGCCAGAUGUAAAGCAAGCAUGCACCUUCAUUAAAUCAAACCUUGAUCCAAGCAACGUGGAUUCCCUUUUCUAUGCUGCCCAGUCCAGCCAGGCCCUCUCAGGAUGUGAGAUCUCUAUUUCAAAUGAGACCAAAGAUCUGCUUCUGGCAGCUGUCAGUGAAGACUCCUCCGUGGCCCAGAUCUACCACGCAGUUGCAGCCCUAAGUGGCUUUGGCCUUCCUCUAGCUUCCCAAGAAGUGCUCGGUGCCCUUACCUCUCGCCUCAGCAAGGAGGAGACCGUGCUCGCAACAGUCCAGGCUCUACAGACAGCAUCCUACCUGUCCCAGCAGGCUGACCUGAGAAGCAUCGUGGAGGAGAUUGAGGACCUUGUUGCUCGCCUGGAUGAACUGGGAGGUGUGUAUCUUCAGUUUGAAGAGGGACUGGAAACAACAGCAUUGUUUGUGGCUGCCACCUACAAGCUCAUGGACCACGUGGGCACCGAGCCAUCCAUUAAGGAGGAUCAGGUCAUCCAGCUAAUGAAUGCCAUCUUCAGCAAGAAGAACUUUGAGUCACUCUCAGAAGCCUUCAGUGUGGCCUCUGCUGCCGCUGCACUUUCCCAGAAUCGCUACCAUGUGCCUGUUGUGGUUGUGCCUGAGGGCUCUCCUUCCUACACUCAGGAACAGGCUGUCCUACGGUUGCAGGUCACCAAUGUUCUGUCCCAGCCUCUGACUCAGGCCACUGUUAAACUAGAACACGCUAAAUCUGUUGCCUCCAGAGCCACAGUCCUCCAGAAGACAUCGUUCACCCCUGUGGGGGAUGUUUUUGAGCUAAACUUUGUGAAUGUCAAAUUUUCCAGUGGCUAUUAUGACUUCUCUGUCAAAGUUGAAGGUGACAACCGUUAUAUUGCAAAUACUGUAGAGCUCAGAGUCAAGAUUUCCACUGAAGUUGGCAUCACAAAUGUUGAUCUCUCCACUGUGGAUAAGGAUCAGAGCAUUGCACCCAAAACCACACGGGUGACCUACCCAGCCAAAGCCAAGGGCACAUUCAUCGCAGACAGCCACCAGAACUUUGCUUUAUUCUUCCAGCUGGUAGAUGUGAACACUGGUGCUGAACUCACCCCUCACCAGACAUUUGUCCGACUCCAUAACCAGAAGACUGGCCAGGAGGUGGUGUUUGUUGCGGAGCCGGACAGCAAGAACGUGUACAAGUUUGAACUGGAUACCUCUGAGAGAAAGCUCGAAUUUGACUCUGCGUCCGGCACCUACACUCUCUACUUAAUCAUCGGAGAUGCUACUUUGAAGAACCCAAUCCUGUGGAAUGUGGCUGAUGUGGUCAUCAGGUUCCCUGAAGAAGAUGCUCCGUCGACUGUCCUGUCCAAGAACCUUUUCACCCCCAAACAGGAAAUUCAGCACCUGUUCCGCGAGCCGGAGAAGAGGCCCCCCACGGUGGUGUCCAAUACAUUCACUGCCCUGAUCCUCUCGCCCUUGCUCCUGCUCUUUGCUCUGUGGAUCCGGAUUGGUGCCAAUGUCUCCAACUUCACUUUUGCUCCUAGCACGAUUAUCUUUCACCUGGGACAUGCUGCUAUGCUGGGGCUCAUGUAUGUCUACUGGACGCAACUCAACAUGUUCCAGACCCUGAAGUACCUGGCCAUCUUGGGCAGUGUGACGUUUUUGGCUGGCAAUCGCAUGCUGGCCCAGCAGGCAAUCAAGAGGAUCGCUGCAGAGCAGAGCAGUAGAUUGGCAAAAUAUAGGACACUACGAACAGCACAUUAGUUCCAGGAAAAGGGAGGAAAUUCUGAAAGCUGAAGUGAAUAUCAAGAGAAAGAGUCAAGAAUAAUUCAUAGUUUGAGAAGAGGAAUGAAAAAAACCCUUUAUUUAAAAAGAAAAAAGUCAAAAUCGUUUUGCUUGUUUUUCUAUUUCCCCAACGCAGAGCAGGUACCUGUGAGCCCAGAUACUCUGUUUCUUUGGCAUGGUACCCUAGCAAGAUGCUGUGAAUAUUCUAACUUACCCACAUGUUGCAUUGAAAAGUUGAAAUCUGUAAUCAAUCUGUUAUGGAAUAAAGAGAAUAACAGGAAUGAA